AUGGCGGCCCAGAGACUGAGGCCAGAGGAAGAUGACCAUGCGAAGGGGCGGGGCCAGCAGGGUGGUGAGGAGAGGGGCCAGCUGUACAGCCAGACCCCGAGCCUGCCUGGACGAGGCUCAGGCUGCCUGCCUGCAGUUCCCUGUGUGGCUGGGCACUGCCGCGCAGCCUCGGGCAACUCACACCACAGCCCUGAGCCUCCUUUCCUUGUCUGCCUCGAUUUCUUUUCUGUUCGGUGGAGGUUACAGACGACCCGGAGCCAAGAAAACCCCAGUCCUCAAGUAGCUGUGCGGCACGCCAGUGCGGGCCCUACCUCCCCAGCAUCGGACGCGGUCAUGCCGGGGGAGCAGCCCCGCAGAGCACCACCCGCAGGCAUGACCACGGACCUGCCACCCUGCCGAGUCGCCGGCGGUCUGGGGGACCCCUCCCUGCACGCCCUCCAGGACUGCUCCCCGGCCGGCACAAGGGAGAUGGGCAGCAAAGCCCGGACCAGGGAGCCCCCCAAGGCCCCCCCGAGGCAGGCUGAGGAGGCAGAGUCCGAGGCCUCGCGCCUGAGGGGCCAGGCCCUGGGCAGCCCCCCCAGGAAGGAGAGCGGCCCUCGGGUCCCACCGGGGAGGAGCCACACCCCCGCUCACACGUGGCCGGCCAGCCGGGCAGCCAGCAGCCCCCCACCGCUCUACAGCCUGGGGACGGACCAGGCCUCCCACAGCUCAAAGGCAGAGGCCCCCCAGGGCCGAGGGACUGCAACCCAGCCCAGGCCCAGCCUGCCCAGGGCCAGGUCCCUGCCCGUCCCUGAGGAGCUCAGCUUCCAGGAGGCCCCUUCCAGCUUUACCUCCACCGACUGCACCUCACCACGCAGCACCCCUGGGCCUCCGCCCCUUCGGACCCCCCAGAGCAGAGGCACCAGCCCCUGCAGACCCGCCUCCCUCUGCCAGCCCCAGCCCCAAGCAGCCAGCCUCUGGCCCACUGCUGCUGAGAGCAACUUCCCAGGUGUUCAUUUUGGGGUCCCCUCUGCUGAGCUGGAACCCUUUCCUGAAGGCAGAAGGCCUGGCAGUCCCAGGGGGAGCCCCUUCAGGUACCCUGCCCCAGCCCACUCUCCGCCCGGGGCUGACACGGAGGCCUUGGCUGGAAGCCUGGCUGGGCGGGAGCCGGCCCCGGGGCCGCUGCUGCUGACCUUCCACCCGCCCGUGGGAAUGUGGGCCGAGGCCGCCGGGGGCCCCGGCCCUGCCUACCUGCCACCCUCUCGGCCUGCCCAGAGCCUCCUGCCCGGCUACCCUGGCCAGACGGCUGGCCACGAGGCCCCUGCCCCCCUGGAAGGGGGGCCCUCCCCCUCCACUGCCGCUCACUUGUCCCCAAGCCCCUUCCCAGACAGUUUGCACAAGAGCCUGACCAAAGUCCUUCCUGAGCGACCCCCUCCAGCCCAUGAAGGGCUGGGCCUCCCCAGGGGCCCCCCAAACCCUCUGUCCCUGAAGUACUUCGCAGGGAAGCCCUACGGGGCCAAUGGGGUGGACACCAGCCCGGGGCCUCUGGACAUAGAGCUCCCCGUCCCCGGGCCCCCAGCCAGCGGACUGCCCCCGCUGUGGGACCCCACGGUGCCCUACGCGGCCCGGGCCCCGGGCCUGCCGGCAGCAGUGAAAGCUGCGUUCUUCGAAGGCCAGCUCCACCCCGGCCAGCAGUACUGCCUGCCCCACCACACCCCCAUGUCUUGGCCCACAGUACUUCCAACCUCCAGGCCAAGCCCCCAUCAGAUGGGGGUGCUGAGCCAGCUACCAUUCUCUGGGGGGGGGCCCAAGUGGCCUGGGGACAGCCAGGGGGCCCCGGGCUCCACCAGCACGGUGCCCAGUCCUGGGGAAUCCCUAGUAGCCGCGAGCCUCAGCCCAGGCCAGCCCGGCGGCUCCCCAGGCCUGCUCAGCUGCAAGAGGCCGAACGACCCCGGGGCCCGGCCGCCGUUCUUUGGGGGAACCCAGCCCCAGGUGUCCCCCCGAGGGGCCCCUGGCCUGCCCCCGCCUCACGCGGUGGGGGCUUCACCCAGCGAGUCUCCCCUGCCCUCACCUGCCACCCACACCGCGGGCAGCAGCACGUGCUCUUCCCUGUCCCCGCCAUCCAGCAGCCCGGCCAACCCCAGCUCAGAGGACAGCCAGCUCCCCGGCUCUCUCCCGGCCUCUGCCUUCUUCCACGCCCCUGCCCACUCCCAGGAGACCUGCAGCCCCUUCCCGUCCCCAGAGCCACCCCAAGCCCUCGCCACCCACUACCAGGCCUUCCCCUUCCGGGAUGAUGGGCUGGGGACCGAGGGCACCUUUCAGGGUCUGGAGGAGGGGCCGGGGGUGGGCGGGGCCGGGCUGCAGGACCGCCUUCAGGGCCCCGCCCCGUACCUCACCCUGAGCAGCGCCAGCCUGGACCAGCUGGACGUGCUGCUGACCUGCAGGCAGUGUGACUGCAACUACAGCAGCCUGGCCGCCUUCCUGGAGCACCGGCAGUUCUGUAGCCUACGGCCGCCCCGGACCACCCCAAAAGUGCCUGCUGACACGGGCCCCGGCCCGCUCAGCCACAGCCAGGCGGCCCCCUUCCUGCUGGCGGAGGGCAGAGAGGACCCCCUGAGGACAGGCCUCCUGCCUGGCCUGGCCACGGCCCCCUUCCCACUCCCUGCCUCUGACCUGGACCUGGAAGACGACGCCAAGCUGGACAGCCUCAUCACGGAGGCGCUCAACGGCCUGGAGUACCAGGCAGACAGCCCAGAGCUAGACAGCAGCUUCAUUGAUGUCUUUGCAGACGAGGAGCCUUCCAGCUCCAGGGCGGCUGGCCCCGGGCAGCCCCCCAGCUCCCGGGCCGGAGCAACUCCGGAGGACGGCGUCCAGUCCCUGCUCGCGGCUCCAGCCGCUGCCUCAGAGCUCCGAACCCCCGGCCCUGGGGACAGAAACUGGCCAGCCCCAAGCAGGCCCAAAACCCGCUCCCUGAGCCUGGCCGCCUCAGAGUUGGCCACCAGCCCCGCCAGGCCACAGAGGAGAGGGAAGCAGUUGAAGUUGUUCCAGAAAGACCUGGACAUGGCCAAUAGCAGCACCAAAGGGCCGGCCAGGGCCAUCUGCCUGAGACCGAGGAGGAGGGGUCGCAGUGCCGACCGGGUGGCCCCCUGCCCCAGGGACCUCAGAACUCAGCCUGGCAAGGGCCCUGCAGACUCGGACCAGCAGGUCCCUGCAGGGACCAGGAGCUCCAAACGCCCACGCCUGCCCCCCGGAAAGGACCCCAGGAAGAGAAGGGUGCGGGGCGGCUCGUGGAGCAAAGAGUUCAUCCACAAGAUUGUCCAGCAGAAAAACAAGCGCUACCGGCGGCAUGCCCCACACGGCCGGGGGUCGCAGGGGCCCCCACUUGCCGGACGGCACCGGCCCAGCGCCCAGGAGAGCGGCCUUGGGGCGCAGGGCUGCGCCUCUGACUCCGAGGAGGAGGAAGGCCUCCGGCUGCAGGGUCCAGGCUCCAGAGGCCGCCCGCGCCCUGGCCGUCGGCGGGGCCACCGAGCCCACAGGCAAAGGGAAGAAAAGUUAACCCGGGGCCCCCAGGAGCUCACGGGGCAGGAGGCUGGGAACCCAGAGGAGACACACAGCACACGACCAAGCCUGGACGCUGGAGACACCCCUGUGGAAAAAGGCCCUGAGCAUUCUGACCGCCUACCAGUGGUUCCUGCCAGUGCUGAGCCCCUAGAGGAAACCCAGCCAUCCCUGGGCCUCACUCCGGAGCCCCUAAAACCUGAAAGGGCUGCAAGCAUACGCCCUGACACUGUGAAGCCCGGAGAGGUGACCAGUCCUCCAGCGCCCCAGGGGAAGGAAAGCCCUAGGGGUCCCCAGCCCAGCAGGGACAGGCCAUCGGGGAGCCGCACCCACGCACUGCCCAGCCAGGGGUUGCCCACACCCAGUGCGAGAGCCCUGCUGGACCCCUCUGCCUGCACAGAGCUCUGCAUGGUCCAGGACGGAGAGGCCUGCUCCAUCCAGCCAGGAAGUGGCCUGGUGCCCACUGCCAACACCACAGCCACUCCACGCCCUCAGCCGAGCGUCACGUGUGUGAAGGACUCUGCAGUUGGCUGUAAUCCUGUGCACUUUAACAGAGACUCCAUGGGGGUCCCAGCUGCCCCAAAGGGGUCCCGAGCCGGCAGCGGAGCCCUCCCAGGCUGGUCCCACACACCCACGGACGGGGCCGGCUGUCUUCCUGAAGACCUGUAUUCCACCGGCCCUUUAGCUGUCCACACCGGCAGCCCCUCCUACCUUGGCUCAGAGGGAGUGGAUACCUUUGAGCCACAGGAACCGGAACCACCAAAGAGCGCCUGCUGUGCAGCCCAGAGGGACCUGGACAGAGCCCGGUCACCCCUGGCCUUGGCGACUAUGUCCCUCUUCUCAGGGCCGCCUGAGGAUGGAUUCGACCUGGCUGCAAACAGGGACACCCACAGGUCACUGGCUCAUGCCAGCCCCCUCCCAGGGAAGCCACUGAUGGAUGCCCUCUGCCCCUCGUUUCUGCUGCUGGAAGCGGAGCCCCCCGUGCUGCCGAGCCAGCGUCUGGACAUCCCAGCGGGCGAGGCGUGCGGGGAGACGCGUCGGCCUCUGUGCAGAGGGACGCUCCCUCCCAGCCCUGCCCCCAUGCCCGGGAAGGGAAUCGAAUGCAGCGCUGCCUUCACGAGCGAUCUGUGGGAGGACGAACUAGAGAUCAAAAGAUUGGUCACAGAAUUAGAAAGCCAGCUACCUAGAAGAGCGGGCGUGCCCGUGAUCGCUGGAGAGGCUGAGGAAGCCGCGGGUGCAGACGGGCGCGGACCUGGCCCGGGCCCGGGCCCAGGGCCGGCCCCCCAGGCCGCCUUGCCUCUCAGGGCCGCACUCCGGGCAGUUGGCCUUCCCGGGCUGGGGGAAUCGAGCCCACGCUGGGAAGAGGCUCUCAGAAGUCCCCACGGCCAAUGGCCCCGUCCAGACACAGGACACGCAGCUUCUCCUCCCCGCACUGACUUUACCCCAGCUUUGGGGGCUCCUUUUGACCCUUCCACGGAUAGCCUCGGCUCUCGGGCCGCUCAGGAGGCCGGUGUCCCCCAGAUGGAGAGGGGCAGCAGGCGCCCCUCAGGUGGCCGUCUGCCCGACUCCGGCAUGCGAGAGGAACCCCUGUCCCGUGCCGGGAGUUCAGCCAAGGGCAAACCCAACAGUGAACUUUUAUUUCCUAAAACCAACAGAACUACCAAGAUGCAAAGCAAGGUGUCCACAGCCCGGUCCCGCUGUCCACCCCAGGGAGGGGAUCCCUCACCACCCUGCAAGGCCGGGCAGCCCCGGCGGGACCUCCGUCUCCCAGAACCGGUUGGACACGUGAUGCCCGAGGUGGUGCUCUGGGGCCAUGGGGGAGCACUUCCAGACACAGCCCCACCUCCAAGCGCCUGCCCCCACACCCCCUCUCCGGGCAGAGCAGGGGAGCCAGAGAGAGCCACACACCACCCCGGCUUCGAAGGUGAAGACCUGGUACCAGCCGGGCCCCCCCAGCCUGUCCCUCAGUUCUGCCCUGCGCAGAGUCCUGCCUGGGUGCCUGAUUCGGGCCCCCGCAGGAGGCCCUGGGACCCAGCCUCCUGCUACGUCUGUCCACUCCCGGUCCUAGGCACCAGAGGUGGGGACACAAAAGACGCCCAGGCCCCCCAGGUCCCCCUUGGGCAGCCAGCUGGGGGUGCCCAGGGCCCACGCCCCAGGGGCCCCUCGGAUGGAGGAGGAGACCGUGAGAAAGGAGGUUCCCCACAGCCUGCCCAGAACACAGCUGUCCCUGCAGUGUCCAGACACCAGCCCGAGGCGGAUGGACAGAUGGACUUGCCAGGCUGCGCUGAGAAGCCUGAGGCCCAGCGAGAAGGCAGCCCGGGGCGGUCGGGUAACCAGAGAGGCUCCAGAGAAGCACAGCUCCUCACCAAGCUCGAGACGGGUCCCGAAGGCCCCGCAGGCAGCCCGGCCAGGAACAGCCACGUGCGGGAGGCGGGCAGGCUGGGCUCGGGCUCCCCAGGGCCGGCCAGGGCCCCCCCAGGCCCCACCUCCUCGGGCCCCGCAGUGGCUGAAGGCAGAAUUCUAGAGACCGUGACCAGCCCAGGCCUCGCCGGGCAGCCGCUUCAUGGUGGUGAGAGACCGGCAGCCCCCCCCAGAGACCCGGACACGUGUGCCCCCGCACCCACUUCCCUGGCCAGCCCCGCUUCCCGUGGCCCACAGCUCCCGCCCUGGGGAGAUCUUCCCUCUGCCCCUCCCCGAGUUGCAGUAGCCUCAGGGGAACUGAGGGACCCUCCCAGCUCCCCACAUCCGCCGGCCAGCCCUGCCUCCAGUCCUGCCUGGGUGCCUCUGGAAGGAACAAACCGUGUCCAGCCCCCCACGAGGGAUCCCCUGUCUUUGAUGAGAAGCCACCGUGAUCCUGCCAGGAUCCUGCCUUGCCACUGCCUCCUGCCGGCUAAUGGCCCCGAGGACCUUCCCACAGGCCAGCCUGGCCUCGUGGACACCUUAGGCCCCACAAGACACGGGGGUGACGGCACACUGAUGACUCUAGAAGAUUCUAGAAGAGAGGAGCUGGGGAGGACACUUGCCCAGGACACUGCCCCUCCCCCGAGGAGGGCUGUCUCUCCAGGCGCGGCUGUCCGGGCUGCUGGCCUGUCAGGCAUUCCCACCCUAGAGGGCACAGAGACCCCUGGGGGGCCGGUGGCGCCGAACCCCCACUUCAGGAGGGCCCCACUGCCCACCACCGCUGACCCGACUCCCAAGGGCCCUGCCUCAGGCCCCCCGAGGAACACCCCCGGCCCGGAUACCUCCACUGUACCCAUGGACCUUGCCAUGCCGGGGACCACAGGGUCAGGCCACGGCCUGGAAGCCGAGGUGGCGGCUGGUGGCGGAAGCCAGGGAGGCCUGGGCACACGUAGGAUCGCAUGUGCGGUGGCAGAGAUGCCGAGGGCCAGCACCCGAAGCCCCACGGCCAGCUCCUCUCCCCCAGGGCUCCAGCCGUCCCAACAUGCCUCCGCCGGGGACCCUCUCCCGAGCCUCAUCGCUGUCUCCCAGAAGCCCCUCAGUCCCAAACGGAGGCCCCGUGGCUUUAAAAGGAAGGCUGAGCCUAUGGAGAAAGGCCAGGGGAGAGGCCAGGCCCCCGCAGAGCCGCCAGUGACCUGUGAGGUCUGCUCUGCCCGCUUCUGCACCGUAGCUGGCCUGAGUAGACACAGAGCCAGGAAGCACCGGCCCCGGGAGCUCGCCUGCCCCCCUCACGCCCCCAGGGCUCUGGAGCCCACUGCCCAAACAUGCAGGGCUCCCAGGAAGAGAGGCCACAGGGCACCCGGGAAGGCAGGGCCAAGGUCCCCGCCAGCGGGCCCCAGCCACCGGCCUGGGCCGGCUCCUGCGGACAUGCUGGGUGCUGGGACAGCAGAGGCAGCUCCUCAGAGGGGGUCCGGGGGGGCCGGCGCGCCCCUCAGCCAGCCGCAGCCACGCUCCAGCCCAAGCGGACAGCGGAAGGGCGUGAACACCCCAGUCGCAAAGCCCAGCAGACCAGGGCCGCUGGAGGCCAACAAGUUCCACGCCAGAAAGGCAGAGCAAAGAGAAGGCCGGAGGCAAGCGGGCGAGCCCACCGCUGCUCCCCGCCACCCGGAGAGGACACGGAAGAAGCAAGCCGGGGCACCGAGGGCAGGGAGACCCCGGGAGCUGGGCAGUCCCCAAGCCUCUGCCUGUGGCUCUGCAGGCGUCACCCACUCAGAUCUGCUGACAGCAACUGGCCAGCAUCCUGUGAGCGGCCAGGCGUCCCCGGAGGGACGGCGGGCAGCCGCAGUGGGGCCUCUGCCUCGCUCAGCACCGGAGGCCCAGGGACCGGAUGGCGACGCAGACCGGGGCCUGGGGCCUCUGCGCCCACCAAGGUCUCCUCAAGGGUGGUUGGAGGGCAGCUUGCCGCAGGACCGGCCAGUGGGGCGGAAGGAAGUCACGGCUGGGCAGUUGGAGGCCACGCGCGAGGCCGGGGACCUGGGCACCCGCAGAGCGCUUCUGCAGGCUGCCAGGAGCCCACAGGGGGACCGCAGCAGAGACCAGGGAGGACUGCACGGUGGCCCGGGCCCUCCUGAGGCAUCCGGUUCUGCAGCGGCCAGCACUGCUGGCCAAAGCCUCCCGGCCACCCCAGACACUGAGGGAGGGGCUCAGGAGCUUGCAGGCAUCGCCGCCCAAGCCCCCAGCCCGGGGCGCGGAGACCCUCUGAGCAUGUUCGAUGACGAGCUGUCCUUUUCACAGCUUUUCCCCCUGGGCGGCCGCCUGGCCGGGAAGAAGAGCCCCCGGGUCUAUGGAAAGUGCUGCAAGAGGCCGCAGCACCCCCUGCCUGCCCGGCCCCCCGGCUGGGCGGAGGACCGCCCCCUGCCGGCCUCCCCCCGGCUGCCCACAGACCUCAGUGACUCAGGCUCCCUCUGCCUCUCCCAAGAGGACCUGUGGGAUGACCACAACGAGGCCGUGGGCCUUCCCGAGCCCUUCUUCACGGAUGGAUUUCUGACCCAGGUGCCUGGCCUUGACCCCUGGCCCCCCAGCCUCGGCCUGUGGACCUUGGAGCCCAGCAGAGUGGAGGAGGGGCCCUCCCACCUCUCCAAGGAGGAGGAGGAGGAAGGGGAGGAGGAGGAGGAGGAGGAGGAGGAGGGGGAGGAGGAGGAGGAGAAGUGGCCGGAGGCCAUCCCUCGCCUGCACAUGGUCCCAGCGGCCUGGCGAGGCCUGGAGCUGCGGGGCCCCGAGGAGACCCCUUCCUCGCUUGGGGAUGCGAGCCCAGAGCCCCCAAACCUGGAGAGGGAGCACGUGGAUGACGGGCUCCCUGGGGACUCGGGCAUGCUCCCCCUGCACGCCAAGGGCCUGGAGGUGCUCAGCUCGCAGCUAGAGAUGCAAGACCUGCGCUUCCUGGGCUCCUGCGACGACCUCGCGGGCCUUCUCAGCCCAGGUCUGCUGGACUUUGAGGCCACAGCAAACUCCCAGGGCCCAGGGAGCGGGGAGAGGGAGGUGGUGGCUGGGGCGGGCCAAGGGCCAGGCGGACGCCGGGCUGCACCGGGCAGGAAGGCCUCCCAUGAGUGCCCACUGUGCCUCCAGCGCUUCCGCGGCCUGGGCGAGCUGGACAUGCACGCGCUGGCACACGGGCCGGCGCCACCCCACACCUGCUUCAUGUGCGUGCAGCGCGGGUUCCGCUCGAGGGAGCUGCUCCGGGAGCACCUGCGGGAGAAGCACGUGCAGGCCGGGCCGGGCCCCUGGGCCUGCGGCAUGUGCCUGAAGGAGGUGGCCGACGUGUGGACGUACAACCAGCACCUGGGAGAACAUGCGGCCCGCUUUGCGCUCGCCGGGCGGCCGCUGCCACCCUCGGGGGACCUGCCCCCGUGCCUGGAAGAGGACAGCGCCUUCGCACACUUCCUGAACAGCAUCAUGGAGCAGACAUCGGAAUCGCUCAGGGCCGGGGGCCCCGGGGAAGCACCCAUGCCGAAAGGGGGAGCCGAGGAGACCCCAGGGGAAAGAGGAACGCCCAGGCCGUGCAGCACCUCCUCCAGCCAUGACAGAGCCCUGACACCUCCCGGGGUGUCAGCCGGCUGGGGCGGCCUGUCUGCUCUAGCCGGCACCUCUGCCACCCUGUCGGGCACCAGCAAGAUGUCCCCAAGCCUGUCCCCGGACCCAUGGUCCCACAGGGAGCACCUGCUCCAGGCCAUCCCAGUGCACCAAGACUGCAAGAACCUGCUGCGGGACUGCCACCACUGCGGGAAGCCCUUCCCCAAGCCCUUCAAGCUGCAGCGCCACCUGGCGGUGCACAGCCCGCAGCGCGUCUACCUGUGCCCCCGGUGCCCGCGGGUGUACGCUCAGCACGGGGAACUGCGGGCCCACUUGGGCGGGGAGCACGGGGUGAGGGAAGAGCGCGAGCUGCUGCACACACCGCUGUACACCUGUGAGCUCUGCGCCAACGUCACGCACGCCAUCCGCAGGUCCUUCAUCUGCAGCUCCUGCAACUACACCUUCGCCAAGAAGGAGCAGUUUGACCGACACAUGGACAAGCAUCUGAGAAGCGGCCAGCUGUCCUUUGCUCUCCGGGGUGCCAGGCGGCCGGGGGCCUCUGAGCAGAAUGGGGCCCCUGGGUGGGAGGCCUCGGCCUUUGAGGGGACACUGCCUAGCAAGCGGAGCAGGGUGGCAUUGCCCAGUGGCCAGCCAGGGCCCGGCAGGGCGGACCGGCCCCUGUCCCCGGGCAGCCCUGCCCUGAGCGAGCCUUCCAUCCUGCUCCUUUCCCAGAUCUUCCUGGAGGUAGAGUCCAGCACUGCCGAGGGGCAGCCCGAGACACAAGAGAGACCCCCCAGCCCCGCCAGCCCCGUGGGUCACCCAGUCAGGGAGGCCAGGCUACCUGCUGAUGGCCAAGAGCUUCUGCCCCGAUCUCUGUCUCCUCUCCCGGAUUCCCUGGCUGAUGGCAGAGGUGGCAGAAGGCUGGAGCGAGCCCUGCAGAGGCCCAGGGAUGGCGCCCCAGCCGGCAGCCCCGGGCCGCGGAAGCAGCCAGCUCUCCUGGAGGGAAAAGGGACUCCGCUCCUGCUGUCAGGGAAACGCCAGGGCCCAGGCACCCGGGGCCAAAGCGCCCCUGGCCCUCCUCCAGGGGACCCCUCCCUGCCCCACAGAAAGAAGCUGGGGCCCGUGGGUCCCAUGGUGCCUGAGGGGGGCGAGGGGAGGCUCUCCCACAAGGACCGCGCCCGCAAGCCAGAGCCCCGCCGCAGCUCACCCCCGGACAGGACACCCCAGCUCCCAACAGGGCCCGGGAAGCCUGUGGGGCGGGGGAGGCCGGAGCCCACAGGGCUGGCCCACAGGACGAAGCCCACCACCCCCAAAGCCAAGCCCAGACCCGGCUCCCACGGCAGUGGGGAGUCACGCCACAGCACCAAGACAGGGGGUGGCAGCCAGCCCCAGCCGGCCAGUGGGCAGCUCCAGAGCGAGACGGCCAUCACCCCAGCCAAGCCCGGCUGCCCCGGCCCGAGCCCCACACCAGCCCAGCCCAGGCCUCAAGCCCAGGCCAGGGGCUGCAUGAAGAGCCCCAGAGAGGCCAGCUAUCAGGGGCGUCGAGGUUGUCCAGGCCCCAGGGAGAAGAAAGGCCAGGCCCCGGAGCCAGCCAGGUGCGACCACGUGGGGAGCUCAGGUAGAGCCCCCUCCGCCCCUGAGAAGCCCCCCCGGGCCCCCCGGAAGCAGGCCACGCCCAGCCGAGUGCCCCCCGCCAGGCCCAGGCCGGGCAGCCAGAUGGGCAGGACCAGGCCCCAGCCAGCAGAACACCAGAAGGAGGGGCCCAGCCACACACCCAGGAAGGAAGCCCCAGGCAAGGCUUCCCCCCUGCCCAGACCCCACAAGAGGGGCAGACAUGCCCCCGAUGCUGAGCCCCGAGACCGCCGGACGGCUGAGUCCCAGAGCCACCUCCUCAGCCAGCUCUUCGGACAGAGGCUGACCAGCUUCAAGAUCCCGCUGAAGAAGGUCGCUUCUGAGGAGCCCGCCGGAGCCGCCUGCAGCUGA